GAGUCGUCAAUGAAAUUCUUCUUCUUCAUUCAGCUAUAAAUACUGCCUAAUCCCUACUCAAGAACACAAACAAAUCCUUACAUAAUCAUAAAUUGUUGGAUUUCAAGUAGAGAGAUUUCCUAGCAAGAUGAAAAAGUUUAGCCACCCUUUUCCUGCUCUAUUCAUAUUAUCCUUAGCUCUGUUUGUCUGUGCUUCGGGGCACAAGGGAGAGACAUUUAGAGUGAACCCUAAACUUUUGAAGUCUGCAUGUAAUGCCACUCUUUACCCAGAUGUCUGUAUUUCGACCCUGCAAUCUCAAUCCUAUGAAGAAUCUUUGAAAUCAGAGAUUCUUAUGAAAGACAUGGCUAUAGUUUCUGUUAAGGUCAGCCUCGAGGAAGUUAAAAAACUGAGCUUUGUAGCUUCCUCUCAGUCUGUAUUGCUGAGCUCAGGCGAUGAAAAUAAGCUCGCUGCAAUUAAAGACUGUGAGGUACUGUUCAAAUAUACGGUGAGGCAGCUGAACGAGUCUUUGACAUUGCUGAGGAAAUCUGGAGAUUGGAAGAAUGAGCAGAAGGAGGAUGUGCAGACAUGGCUUAGUGCCUCUCUCACUGAUCAAGUCACAUGCAUUGAAGGAUUCAAAGGUGUUUCAGAUUUUUAUGCAGAAUCUGUGAGAAAUGUUUCAAAAGUUGUCAGUAAUUCGCUUGCAAUCGUCAACAGCCUUCCCGUCGCCAUUGUUUCUCCGGGUCAAAACAAGCGCCGCCUUUUUGCGGAUGGUGAAUUAGAUUUGCCCAGUUGGAUUUCUCCGACUGAUCGACGGCUUCUUCAGAGCUCUCCUGCUGGCGGCGUGACGGUGAAUGCGGUGGUGGCCAAAGAUGGAACGGGGAAUUUCAGGAGCAUCUCAGAGGCUGUGAAGGCUGCUCCCAGUUGGAGUAAAGGACGGUACGUUAUCCAUGUCAAAGCUGGAGUGUAUGCAGAAUCGGUGAAGGUGUACACAGACAAUAUCAUGCUGGUUGGUGAUGGGAAAUACGCUACUGUGGUUACGGGGUCCAACCAUGGUUCUAUCCAAUCCGUAGCUACGUUUGCUGCUACAGGGAAAGGAUUCAUUGCUCGAGAUAUGGGAUUUGAGAAUGCAGCAGGAGCGAGUGCAGGACAAUCUGUUGCGCUUCGAGUAUCAUCAGAUCUCUCAGUAUUGUACCGUUGCAGUAUCAAAGGCUUCCAAGAUACUCUGUACGCCUAUAGUCAACGCCAAUUCUACAGAGAAUGUGACAUCUUGGGCACAGUGGAUUUCAUCUUCGGUGACGCCUCUGCAGUGUUUCAGAGCUGCAACAUAAUGUCCCGGAAAAGGCAGAAGAAGCCCAAUGUUAUCACCGCACAAGGCAGAAGUGAUCCAAACCAGAACACUGGGUUUUCGAUCCACAACUGCAGGAUUUCAGCGGAGUCCAUUCAAACAUUUUUGGGCAGGCCAUGGAUGCCCUAUUCUCGCACAGUGGUCAUGCAGUCCUUCUUAGAUGGUAACAUCGAUCCUGCAGGUUGGGCUGUGUGGGAGGGUAGUUAUGGAUUGAAGACAUUAUACUUUGCAGAAUACAUGAAUUCUGGACCAGGAGCUGGGCUUUCCAGACGGGUCAGCUGGCCUGGAUUUCAUGUGAUUACAGAUGCAGCAGAAGCCAGCAAAUACACCGUUGCACAGUUUAUAUCUGGGAAUUCAUGGUUGCCUUCCACUGGUGUUGCAUUCCAAUCUGGUCUACUUCGUUGACAAAGAUCUACUGUUCCUGUUGCUUCCACUUUAAAGAUCAACUAGCUCUGCCGACACACAAAAAAAAAGUUAUAGCAUUCCUAAAUUAAAUUAAAAGUACUAAAAGAAACAACCACUACUGUUUCUCAUUAGAAAAUAUGAAUGCCCAUCAGAUUUGAAUUGUAUGUAAUUUUCACAUUAUUGAUAUUUGGAUCAUAUUAAGU